UUUAUUUAUCUUUACAUUGAUUCAAGAUUUGACUGAAUGUUUAGAUUUUUCGUGCUUGGGUUUGGAUGACCAGAUUUGGUUGAUCUCUGGUUUGAAUUGACCCUUUUUGGUUGUUGGAUUUCAUAGGGUGAUAUGUCCUGAUAGCAAAAGGGGUUUCCUUUUUGGAUAGUUGGGUUUUGAUAUUUGACGGUUUUUAGAUAUUGAGAGCAUAUUUUGUUAAUUUCUGAGGUUGCAACUUUCUCCUCCCUCUUUUUACCUUCUCCUUGUCUGGGAUUUAAUGCUGGAACUUCUUCUCUGGCAGUUUUAAAAUUAUGUAUCUUCUGUGAAUUGAUUUUGGUCGCUCAGGAUAGUGGCUGUUUGUUUCCUCACAAAUUGAGAGAGUGAGAGUUAGGUUUCGUGAUUUCUUCCAGUCAAUAGAACAGUUUUUGCAGAAAAGCAGGAUUCUGUGUUGUAGAGUCAAUUAUUAAUGGGGACAGAAUGUGUCCAUGGUUGUUUAAAAGAAGAACAUCCUGGAAUCACGAGUCAUGAAAGUUUUCAGCAUGAUACUCCCUUUAGCAUGAGUAGGGAAUCCAACACUACUUCAGUAGUUUCUAGCAGUAAUGUCAUGGAAGCGAGUCAAGCGACCACCGAGAUACCACUGGUAAAAAUGGAUGCUGAGCCUAGCAGUUGUAAGGAAGUGAAGGCUAAGCGAUCACUUCGGUGUAGAAACUGGAUAGAUUAUGGGGUAUUUGAUAUUAGUUCUGAAGAGGAAUCUGAUAGUCAGAAAUCCAUGAAGGACCGAACGAUGAGACGCAACCAGCGAAAUGAUGGCACCAUUGAAUGUUCAGGCAGUCCUCGAAGCCGAAAGGUAUCUGCCAGAUGGCUUCCACAAGAAGCAUGCAGGCCAGACAUUGAGGAUGCUCCUGUUUUUCAUCCCACUGAAGAGGAAUUUGAAGAUACACUUGGUUACAUAGCAAAGAUACGCAAGAAAGCUGAGCUGUAUGGUAUAUGUCGGAUUGUGCCGCCUCCUUCUUGGAAGCCACCCUGCCCUUUAAGAGAGAAGAACAUAUGGGAACAUGCUAAAUUUUCCACACGUGUUCUGCAAGUAGACUUACUUCAGAACAGGGAGCCCAUGAGAAAGAAAUCGAAAAUCCGUAGCGAAAGGAAACGCAAAAGACGACGGCGUUCGAGGAUGGGAACAACCCGGAGACGGACCAGUUCAGAAGCUUAUGAAGCUAGUGAGUGUGUUGCAUCUGAAACAGAUGAGAAGUUUGGGUUCCAAUCGGGUUUAGAUUUCACACUUGAAGAAUUUCAGAAAUAUGCGGAUGAUUUCAAGGAUCGUUAUUUUGGCAUGAAGGAUGCUGAAGAGAGCUUAAAUUUUGUCAGUGUUGAACCCGAUAAGCGUUGGAUGCCAUCGGUAGAAGAUAUUGAAGGUGAAUUUUGGCGGAUAAUCGAGAAACCAACAGAAGAGGUUGAGGUUUACUAUGGCGCUGAUUUGGAAACCGGAGUGUUUGGAAGUGGAUUUCCUAAGGCAUCAUCUUCAAUAACUGGAAACAACUCAGAUCGGCAUGUGACGUCUGGGUGGAAUUUAAAUAACUUUCCUCGCCUGCCAGGAUCUGUACUAUGUUUUGAAAGAAGAGAUAUCUCAGGGGUUCUAGUGCCAUGGUUAUAUAUUGGGAUGUGCUUCUCAUCAUUUUGUUGGCAUGUUGAGGACCAUCAUCUCUACUCUCUAAACUAUCACCAUUGGGGUGAUCCAAAAUUAUGGUAUGGAGUACCUGGAAACAAUGCGGUGGAAUUUGAGAAUUCCAUGAGAAAGCAUUUACCAGAUCUGUUUGAAGAGCAACCCGACUUACUUCAUGAACUGGUUACUCAAUUAUCCCCAUCAGUUUUAAAAUCUGAGGGUGUUCCAGUUUACCGAGUUGUCCAACAUGCUGGAGAGUUUGUUCUCACAUUUCCGCGGGCAUAUCACUCUGGCUUCAACUGUGGCUUCAAUUGCGCAGAGGCUGUGAAUGUUGCUCCAGUUGAUUGGUUACCACAUGGACAAAGUGCAGUGGAGCUCUACAGUGAGCAAUGUCGCAAGACAUCUAUAUCCCACGACAAGCUGCUUCUAGGGGCAGCUCGUGAAGCUGUACGGGCCUUGUGGGAGCUCUUAGUACUGAGGAAAGAAAGUAUGGAGAAUUUAAGUUGGAAAAGUUUUUGUGGUAAGGAUGGGGUUCUCACAAAGACAAUUAAGACCCGAGUUGAUAUGGAGCAUGAAAGAAGAGACUCUCUUCCAAUAUUUUUGCGGUCCCGAAAAAUGGACAGAGACUUCGAUUCUACUGAUGAUAGAGAAUGUUUUUCCUGCUUCUAUGACUUACACCUAUCUGCUGCAAGUUGCAAGUGCUCUCCUGACCGCUUUGCAUGUCUUAAGCAUGCAAACCUUCUCUGUUCAUGUGAAAUAGGCCAGAGGUGUAUGAUUUUUCGCUAUGACUUGGAUGAAUUGGACACUCUUGUAGAAGCUUUAGAAGGACAAUUGAAUGCUGUUAGUCAAUGGGCCUUGAAGGACCUUGGAUUGGUUGGCAUCAAUCACACAGAUGCUGGUGUCUGUAAGCUGGACCAAGAGAGAGAGACAAUCGGGCCUGAUUGUCUGGAGCACAUGGAAAAAAAAAUUUCUUGUUCCCAAGGAAUAGAUGAAGUCCCUUACAUUAACAAGACUUGCAAAUCUGAUCAUCAUUAUUCUUCUGAAGUUUCAAAACGGAAAAAGGGAUUAUCUAGUUUAUGUGAAUCUCUUGUCAAGCCAGAAGUAGAGAAUGGGGUCUUGAAUAAAGAAACUCUGAUCAUAAAAGAUGAGGGAGGACCGCUGCCGGACAAGUAUAUUGAUUUAAAUCUUGAGGGUCCGCUGGAUGAACAUGGAAGUGGGGUGCAAGAAAUGGCAGAUGAUGCUUAUAAUAAAAGCUCUCUUAGAGUUGCUGAGACCUGUCUAUCAGUGGUUAAACAAGAGAAAGUUAAUGGUUCAAAUGUGUUAGUAGAAACCGAAACAGUGGGUCCUGACAGUAGUGGGAGGUCCCAUCCUGUUCCUAUUAUUUCAAUUUCUGAUUCUGGCUCCUCAGUCUCUCGUAGUCGUUCUGCUGAGUUAAAUUCUUCUUUUGUCCAUUCCAACAAAAAGCACCCAUCAAGUUCAAGGGAUUCUGGAGAACAGUGUACUUGUAGUGGUAAUAAGCUUUUUGGUGUUGACCUUUGGACUUCUCAUCAGAAUUCAUCUUCACCCUCAUGCACCACCAUCACUAGAACUGAAACUAAUGUUUCCAGUUCGACUUCUCUAAAUGGACAAAAUGGUCCAAUGCAAACGUUAGAUUUAAAUGUUCAAGCUAUAAGCUUUGGAGAAGUAGUACCCAGCAAGUUGUGGUGUAAUAAGCGCACCAUAUUCCCGAAAGGGUUCAGGAGCCGUAUCAGAUUCUUUAGUGUGCUUGAUCCAACACAGAUGUGUAGCUAUAUUUCGGAAGUUCUGGAUGCUGGCCUCCUUGGGCCUCUUUUCAAGGUUAUGGUUGAGGAUUGCCCAAGUGAGGCCUUCACCAAUGUCUCAGCUGAGAAGUGCUGGGAAAUGGUGCUUGAUAGACUAAAACAAGAAGUAUUAAGACAGACAACACUUGGAAAAGGAGGACUGCCCCCUAUGCACUGUUUGCAAAGUCUUGAUGGGCUAGAAAUGUUCGGGUUUUCAUUUCCACCAAUCAUUCAGGCUAUCGAGGCUCUUGAUCCAAAUCAUCAAUGCGUAGAGUACUGGAACCAGAAGCUGAGAUCAAAAGGAGAAGAUUUGAGUAAUCUCCCUGCAGUGAGCUCUGUGGUUUUGGGCAAUGGGAAUGGUGGUGAGGGAUGCCAUUUACGAUCAAGUUGUUCUACAGAGGAAACAAAACCGAAGAUCUUUGGUCUAGACUUGACAAAACUGGAUCAGAAUAAAUCAAAUUCAGGAAUCCAUUCGGUUGAUGAGGUGCAGUCUGUGUUGAGAGGAUUGUUCCAGAAGGCAAAUACUGAUGAACUGAAGAUGUUGCAGAGAAUAUUUUGCAGUAACUCAUGGAGCACCGAAUGGAAAGCGGCAUGUAGAACUUUGAAUCAAGAGAUGGAAAUGGCUAUAAAUAAAAAAUGAAAAAAAAAGAAAAAAAGAUAGCCACCAUUUUUUUGUCAGGUUCCUCUUCACCCCCCCCCCCGGCG